GUUCAUAUACACCGUUCUUGUUAUCCUUGCAGCAGGUAAAAUAUUCUCGCCCUCUCUGGUGUUUGGUUGGAGAAUGUCCUUACGAUGAGAGGACGAAGAGGAGGGCAAAAAAACACGAUUUUGGCAGAAUUGUAUUUGAGAUGCCACACAAUUGACAUCAUUUUCUCUCUGACAGAUAUUUUAACAUUCUAUGGAAUUUAUUAUGAUAUCACUUCGAAGAUUCCUGUUCGUAUGAAGACGGUAACUUCGAGGGUGGUGACUGUUGUGGAUAUCUGUAUUAUUGCGGGCGUCGCAACGUCCGGCGCGACCGGUGCUUUCUUCGGCAUGGCAAGAAUAAGGAAAUUCAACCACAUUCUCCGUGACGCAGACGACUACCUUACCAGCUACACGGAAGGAAUAAAGAAGAGGCGUCGAGGUCUCAUCUGUCUUAUCUUCAUUCUCAUUACUAUUUCAACCGCAAUUGUUGUGGACAUAAUUGUGUGGAUGCAGGCGGCUGAUAAAUUAGCCACCCCAGAUACGAAUACGCGACGCAAUGUAUGCCAUUAUAUGACGAUUUACGCUCUCUACUACGUUAUAAUGGUAUUCCAUGUGGUUUUCUCGCAAUCUGCGUUCGGCAUCGCAGAUAGAUUCCGCUGCAUGAAUAAGGUGCUGCUGACUGUGUAUCCCGAGAGCGCAUUACAUCUCACUCAGCCCAUCCGAGUCAUUAAACUCCCCUCGGUGCGGAAUUUGAGCCAGGCCGUGGAUGAUCUAGGCAAUAAAACAAAGAAUGCGGCCACAGCACCAAUUACCACCCUCACUGGCAUGACAAUCAACCAAAUGAACCCAAUUAAGUCAGCCGAAUUGCUGGAGCGCUUCAUUGAUAUUCACUCAUCUCUGGGUCAGGCGGUGCACAUAAUGUCGACAGUGUAUGGCUUUGCAAUCCUCAUGAGUUUAAUCUCAUGUCUUCUGCACAUCUUGGCGACAGCUUAUUUCCUAUUUCUGGAGGUUCUCGAUGACGGCAACGGUCUCUUCAUCACAGCUCAGUUCCUCUGGCUCAUCGUGCACAAUGCCAGAUUGUUUAUGGUGGUGGAGCCAUGUCACUGUAUCGUCUACGAGGCGAUGAGAACAACAAAAAUCGUGUGUGACAUCCAGAGAUAUUGCAAAGAUCCAUCCAUAAGGGAAAAACUGGCGGUAUUUUGGAGUCAGAUCAUUGUGCAGAAAUCAUAUUUCACUUUUAGUCCACUGGGAAUGUGCAAAAUUGAUCGGGAAAUUAUCACAUCGAGUGAGCAUUUGAUUGACAAGUUCCUUUGAGUGUGAUAAUAGGCAUGGAGAAUUCGCAUUUUUUAAGGACACGAGCGGGGCGGAAAGGGACUCACUUUGUGAGUCAAUAAGCUGUGUAAGUUCUGCUGCGUUCACAGGAACACAACUCUCCGUUCGUCUGCACAGUGUUGGAUCCCUUGUCUAGACAUAAUGACAAAUAUGUUCUUCAACUUGUGUAAAUUUUAUUAUUAUUAAGCACGACAGGAGGUUGGAAGGAAAAUUAAACUGCCGGAAAGAAAAAUGAGCUGGGAAAAACCGAUGACAAAUUAACAAAACAUUAACACUUCAGGAAGAAAACACACAGUAGAUAGAAUGUAAAUUUAUUCACAAAAUAAAAUGAAUGUGUUUAUUUAAUUUGUACGAUGCAUACAAUUUAUUGUGAUUAAUUA